UUUAGACUUGAAAGCGCCCAUCUUUUCAUGUCUAUUGAUACUGAUAGUUGAUAGUAUACAUACAUCACUUCCUUUCUUCAUCUCUUCUUUCUUUUUUGACUCUCUUUAAUUUCUCUCUUGUUAUUAUUUCAUCGUUGUCAAGCACUCUCUUCGAGUAUUCAAAUAUUCAACUCAUUCAACUCUCUUCUUACCACAUUCACAAUCACAGCAGAGUCUCUUCUUAAACAAAGAGAGAGAGAGAGAGAGAGAGAGAGAGAGAGAGAGAGAACAAAUACAUAUUAUACAUGGAGUCUCUUCUUGCUGAAACUCCUAAGAAGAAAGCAAUGUGGCUCUAUCCUAAGGUUUUAGGUUUUAAUCCUUCUCAAAGAUGGGGUCACUCUGCUUGCUUCUCUGGAAGACUUAUGUAUAUUUUUGGGGGAUGUUGUGGAGGAUUGCAUUUUAGUGAUGUACUAUGUUUGGACCUUGACAAAAUGGAAUGGAGCAAGGUUACUACAACAGGUGAAAAGCCAGGUCCUAGAGAUAGCCAUAGUGCUGUUCUUGUAGGACACAAAAUGAUAGUUUUUGGUGGUACAAAUGGUUUCAAGAAAGUGAAUGAAACUCAUAUACUUGAUCUUUACACAAAAGAAUGGAUUAAGCCUAAAUGUGAAGGGAUACCACCUUCACCAAGGGAAAGUCACACUGCUACUCUUGUUGGUGGUGAAAGACUAGUGAUUUUUGGUGGUAGUGGAGAAGGUGAUGCAAAUUAUUUAAAUGAUUUGCAUAUUUUAGACCUUAGAACUAUGAGAUGGAGUUCUUUUCCUGAGGUUAAAGGUGAUUUGCCUGUUCCUAGAGAUAGUCAUUGUACUCUAGCUAUUGGGAAUAAGCUUAUUGUGUAUGGUGGAGAUAGUGGUGAUCAGUAUCAUGGUGAUGUUAGUUUGCUUGAUAUGGAAACAAUGACUUGGACUAGGUUGAAAAAUCAAGGUUCUUCACCAGGAGUCAGGGCAGGUCAUGCAGCUGUAAAUGUUGGAACUAAGGUAUACAUCAUUGGAGGGGUCGGAGAUAAACGUUAUUGCAACGACAUUUGGGUGUUUGACAUACACACUUGUUUAUGGUCUCAACUUGAUAUACAUGGUCAACAGCCACAAGGACGGUUUUCUCAUACCGCUGUUGUUGCAGACACCGAUAUUGUUAUAUAUGGCGGCAGGUGUGGGGAAGAUGAACGUCCUCUGAAUGAAUUGUUAGUAUUGCAGCUUGCAGCAGAGUAUCCAAAUGGGCAUAACAACUUAUCGAGUUGUAAAGUCUUCGGAAGUUAUUGGAAUCAAGAAAAGAAGACCAACCUGGGAGGCGGAGUAGACACCAACACGAAAAUUUCGCGUGUCGGGAAUAAUGUGGAAGUCUUAGGAAAAUUGGGUUAUGGAGUUGCAUUAGAAAAAGUGCAACCAUAUCAAUUUGAUUCAGGAACUUCACAACAGAAGAGGAGGAGAAUUGCUGCUACAAAGGUGUGGGAUGUUGACUCAGAACAAGAAGAACAUUCUCUUUCCCUGUCUCAGCAUUCAUCUCCAUCUCAAUCUGAUCAAGAACAGACUCCAGGUCAAAAACCAAAUGCUUCUGCCAUGGAUUCUCAGCGAUAUCGCCGAGUCAAACUCGUCAAUAAAACUCCAAGCACUUGUCAACUUGACAAUUUCUCGAGUAACAAGAGAUUUCUGAAGAAUUGCACACAAAUAAGUCAACAAGAUCUUCAUGUAAUGGAUCAACAACCAAAGCAAGAACAAUAUCUACAUGUUGGUGAAGAUAAAAAAGGAGCUCGACUCCAAGCUUUAGAACCGAAGCCUGCUGGACGCGGGCACAGUCAACACCUGAUUGGUACUGAAGUUCUUGGCAAAAUUGAUGGAGCCUUUGAUUCAGGUUUUCUAAUGACUGCAGUAGUGAAUGGAAGACUUUUCAGAGGAGUUUUGUUUGCACCGGGAGCAGGAGUAGCUGAGCCAAAUUGUUUGUUUCCAUCAAGUCAGCCUCUCAUGAACUCAAAUCAUGUGGAUAAUUCGAGGAAUUCAGAGAAAGUAACUAUCAGUUCAUGUUUAGAGCCGUGCUAUGCCCUAAAGCAACCACUACAUGCUCGACCGUCUCCAAUCAUAAAAGGAACCAAUACGGUGUCCUUACCCGGAGAACAUAAAAUCAGGAGUGACUUACAAGGCUUGGCUUUAACACUAGGAGGUCCUGCAAGUGGAAAUAAUGCUUGAACCUUAGGGGGAAAUAUUGAGGAGGUUAAUAAGGUUUAUGUAAUUGCUCUGUAUUUGAAUGGAUGUGUUUGUAGGAUCAACCAUGAGUUAUGUAGUAUUGUGUUUAUUUUUCUCUCUUUUCGGAAUAAGUCGUAUCUGCCCACAAUACAACGGUAACAUAGAUAUUUAUAUGUUUGUAUCAACAAGACAAUUCCAUGUUUAUGAUGAAGAGCUUGGAGAAAAUUACAAAAUAUUCAAAAUGUCCUUAGGUUGGAACAUUUGAUUA